AUGCCUGGACCUACAGCUUCCGGUAGCCGAUGGGCUAAUUCCAAACUUCCUCGACAGCCUGUCACUGCCGCUUUGAAUGCUACUUCGCGCGAGGGUAAUGGCGCGGGUGCUCCCGCUCAAGGCGCUUCUCUUAAGACGAACAUUAGUUCUUCCGAGGCUGGUACUCAUUCUACGACUUACACCGCUGCAAAUGCAGUGAACAGCGCUGAAGCGGCAAGUGUGGCCACUAUUCCCAGCAAUAGUCACUAUACUCCCAGAUCAUUUACAUUGAUGGGAUCAAUGACCGGCACAGCUGCCUCUAACAGCAGCAACGAGAAGGUAACAAAUUCCACCCCCGAGCCCAAACCUACAGUGAUGCCUUCCCACUUAAUAGUUAUCCAUGAUGAGCAGAUUUAUCCAAUAUCCUUCCUUUAUCUUAACACAAAUGAGUUUGUUAUGCUAAUGGAUUUACUUCUAAUUCUACAGAUCUCUCCGGUGGAAAUGUUCAUGAACAUGCACCAGGCUCAACAGAACCUGCAGAACUACUCCAAUGGAGUUCCCUCCAGCCAGGUCCAUCAGGGACCCGAAGGUAACGCUAUGCAGCCACCGAUCGUAGACCACUCGAUGCUGCUUCGCCUUCAGCAGCAUUGGACUCCUGCAGAUUGGAAUUUCCAGAAACGUGAAAUGACAGGCAUGCCGAUGCAGGAAGACUAUGACAGAGUUGCUGGUGACCGCCGACAGUCCUGUACCAUUCAGAGCGAGAACGAGGAAGUUUUCAGACAGGUCCUCCACAACGCCGCGAAUGGUCUGCCCACGACCUCCCCCCCGAGUGAGAAGGGCGGCCACAAGCGAAAGAAUACGACGGUUUCGGCGCCGCCUAAUAUGACUCUGGACACAUCUCCUACGGUGCUCAGGGGUAGAACUGGUAUAACCUCUUCUCAGAGUUUGACAUUCGGCCAAGGUAGCUUAGGUUCGGCAGUCGACCUCACGGGACUCUCUCGCGGUCGCCAAACGCCUAUCGUUCAGGGCAACCUCACCCAGUUCACCACGCCUACAAGCAUUCAGAGAGUUGGUCUACUUGAUCGCAAUCAUUCAGGCGGUCGAAGUCAUGACAGUACCACUCCUACAAGAACUCGGCGAAUCAGCCCCCUAGCUCCCCCUGGAAGCCAUAGCGCUGCCCAGCCAGUGCAAUCUAUCGUCCGUACCCAUACCCAUACCACCUCAUCGGGUUCUUCCAGUGGUUCUUCGAGCGGAAAUGGCCUUCUAGAGUCAUUGAGGAAAGCUCAGCAAAGCUCUCCUACACCUCUAACAAGAGAGCUGAUUCAGCAGCGACAGGCUCUUGUUAAGAGUCCUUCCAGCCAGCGAUCAAGUCUGCGAUCGACGUCCCCAAUCUACGGGCCAUUGGAAUUCCAUCCUAUUCCGGAGGAAGCCCAGAAGCUUCGCUCGGACUGGUUGAAUCGAUUGACCGGACCUACUGGUCAGCCUAUUGUCGAGGAUAUGCUACAUUCUAGUAACAUGCCGUUUGUUGAAACGUGCCAUCUUGCCGAGCGUAGUAACAACGGGAUUGUUUGCAUUACCAACAUCCCCUAUGAGAUCACCCGUGCUGAGAUCAUCGCCUUUUUGGGUCGUAGCGCUCGAAUCCUAAACGACAAGGAGGAGCCUGUCCAUAUUAUUAUGGACCGCGUUACCAGCAAGACAAACGACUGCUAUGUUGAGUUCGUGUCGUUCCAAGAUGCAGUCAAUGCUGUGGACAAGCACCGAGCGGCCAUCAAGCAGGAGCGCCACCCUAAACUCGGCGACCGCAAUGUGGAGAUGACGGUUGCCUCUCAGGCGAAGUUCAUGAAGGAACUCUUCCCUACUGCCCAUGGGAUUGACUGGCACGAAUCUCCUUAUGCAUUCACAUCUGAUUCUGAGUAUGACUUUGAAAACUUCAAAGGAUUCGUCUGUGCGGAAGAGAUGGGUAUGCUCUAUAAGCAUGCUGAGGCCAACUCUCACGCCUCAUAUGCGAAAGGUUGUCCCGAACGUCCGUUCGAGUGCAUGAUCAGCACUCUAAAGAAGAUGCCGUGGUACCUAACUGAGCGUAUCACCAUCAAGGAGCGUCAUUAUAUCUAUGACACGACGUUCAAGAUGGUUCACUACUUGAAGGAGCUUCUUGAGAAAGGCACACUGCGCCGCGGCCAAAAGCCCGACUUCAAUCGCCUCACUAAACAGCUCCUUAACCGACUUGUUAAGGCUGCUAUGCUAUGCCCCGGCUUCACCGUGAGCCAAAAGGACAACAUUGCGUACACGGUCAACCUGUCCGAGCUUGACUUACGCGAUUACAACCAGCCUCGUUUUGCUGAGGGCUGGUGCCAUCAGUAUGCCCUUGGCGUUAAGCCCGGCGUCCCUCUAGAUGUCGUCGAGUACUACAUUGCUCUAAUUAGAGCCGAAACUUCGCGGGUUGUAGAUAACCUUGGCAUCAGCCGAAAGCGCGCCCUGAAGCUCGAGCAAAGCAAGACUUCCGAUUACUGGGGCUUUUUCUGGUGCGAGAUGGAUUUGCCGUCAGGAGCAGCGUUUGACAACAUGACGCUGGCCGACGUUGCUGCUUUGGAGUGGGAUGCCAUUGAGAAGAUUAUCCGUCGUGCUAUCACUGGAGGACAGCUGCCUUCCUACUAG